GUUCAUUUAUAACUAUACGCUCUGUUUUUUGAUUUUUUUACUAGCCACUCUUUCAAUUCAUCAAGAAGAAUUUGUGAGUAUGGUGAAUGGUUGGAGGUACCUACCUGUAGGUGCGGGAAAGACAUGACUAUUCUUACAUCUUGGACUGAUAAGAAUCCCGGAAGAAGAAUGUGGAAGUGUGAUGGAAAUGGUACUCGGAAAUGUUGUUCUUGGGAAUGGCUCGAUCCUCCAAUAUGCGACCGAGCUAAGAAGCUCAUUCCCGGACUUCUAAAGAAGAGCAGUGCAAAAGAUGAAGAGAUAAAGCUUCUAAACAAGCGUAUCAAAGAGAAGAAAAUUGGAGCCUUUAUGUUUGGGUUUUGUGUUGCAUUGGUCCUCAACAUGGCAAUAUUUGUAUUGUUUAUGUAAUUUGAUGUUGCUUGAAUCCUUGAACUAGUGUUUGUAUGAUUUAUGAAAACGAGUUUGUAUUUUGAUGUAGUGUUUGUUCAAUUGGUACACUUCAUGUGAUGUUUUUGGAACUCAUGAUGUUUGUUCAAUUCCAUCCCGAUCUCAAACCAUCUCGAACCAACCCGUACCACCCCGAACCAACCCGUACCACCCCGAACCAUCCCGUAACAACCCAAACCAUCCCGAAGCAUCCCGAAGCAUCCCGUACCACCCCGAACCAACCCGAAGGCAUUGGCAUUGGCAUAACCCUACACAGAUGAUUAUUGAAACAAAGGCAUUGGCAUACU